AUGAUGAGCGUCACGAAAGGAAGAACUAAGCACGCAGAUAACUCGGAUGAGUCCGUAGCUGGUCGGCAGCCAAGCUCGGCUAACGAAGAUUUCAAAAAAGAAAAUACCGAAAGCACAACUAGUUCAGAUGAUGAAAUGUUUUUGAAGCGGGUAACGCGUGCGCAAAUUAAGUUGCUAGCAACCGCAUCAGACUCAGAGAGCGAUGGCAUCAGAACCCGUGGUGCAAGCAAAGGAAAAGUCGAGUCGACCUCUGCAUUAAUGUAUAGCAAUAACAAGAAGGAUAAAAAUAAGGCAACAAGCAAGCUGAAAGGAAAGGAUCGGUGCUCGGAUGAAAUCGACUCGCGUGGAGACUACGUUCACGUUCAAGUUGGAGACUGCGUGAUGCUGGAUUCGGGAGACCCAGAUGAUCCAUACGUUGCGCUGGUGAGCUCAGUCCAGACUAGACAGCGAAAUGACCAUUGUGUAUCUAGUUUUAUGGCCCAGUGGUACUAUAAACCGUAUGAUGUGAAGGAAGAGGUGAAGGCCUUAAUAAAUGGUGGUGUCCUCGAGAACGAGGUGUUUUUGUCACCGCAUAAAGACAGAAACUCGAUUGAGGCUGUAAUUGAGGUAUGCCAGGUUGUGUCUCCCGAGGAAUAUUUUGGUAUUCGAGACGAAAUUAAGCGUGGGUUUCGCGAGAAAGGAAAAACGUACUAUGUGUGCCGUUACAAGUAUUAUCCAAACCGAAGCAACAUCAAAAAGGCGCUGGAGAUUGUCGAAAAUGAAGCCAUUCGAAAUGGAUUGGGCCGCCCUAAGCCUAAUAUAGGCGUUAGCUAUCAAGCAAGUAUUCCCGCAUACAUUGGGCCAGUCUCCAGUGCAAGUUGCGAUUAUGAUCAUACUGUUCCGUGGAAGACACGGGAGGACCCUGCGGUACGACCACGACAGAUGUGGUCACCUCUAGCCGCGAAAUCGCAUAGCCAGACGUUCAUACAAUUUCGAGACCUUGUCGAUAAACUUAGGUUUGCAGUCGGAAACAUUGUAAAGACAUACCGACAAGAUGUGAAGCCAAUAGGACACCAGCGCGGAAUUGUCCUUCACUACUUCCUUUCGGACUCGAUUCAGAUUUGUGCAUCGACUGGACAAGUGCUCACGGUUUUGAAGAGUGAGUUGUGCUCGCCGCUCUCGGAAGACUUUGCGAUGCAGCAACUAUAUCUGUCCCGAUUUAAUUUAUCGCAAGCUGCCUACGGCUGCUCCAAGGCGAUUUUUCAUGCCCAACGGAAGGAGAGAAUGGCUUUUCAAAAUGAAGUGGAGCUGUUUGUGAAAGCGAAAGCUGCUGCUGCAGCAGCAGCAAAAGGUGAGAAAAACUGUCAUGGAGACAAUCGAAAGCGCAAGAAGUAG